AUGGCCAGGCUUUUUGCCCCUGCUGUUACAUCUCUGCUGUCCGCCUUUCUCGUCGCGGCAGCUCCAACCAAAGACGCUGGCUGUGUUGUGACUGAAUAUGCCGGAAUCGCCAAUGCGGUCGCGACCUGCACCGAAAUCACGCUCCUGAACAUUGCCGCGCCGGAGAACAGCCCCAUCGAUCUCCGAAACCUCCAGGAGGGAGCCACCGUCACGUUUGCCGGCACGACCACCUUUGCCACCACAGUUCGCAAGGACUUCGAUCCCAUCACUAUCUCCGGAACUGGCAUUACUGUCACCGGCGCCCCGGGGCAUGUGAUUGAGGGCAACGGCGCAGCCUACUGGGAUGGUCUGGGAUCCAACGGCGGAGGCGCCAAGCCAAACCAUUUCGUCGUCGUCAAGAAUACCAUCAACGCCAGGGUCACCAACCUGAACAUCAAGAACUGGCCCGUUCACUGUUUCUAUAUGCCGGGGAACCAGGGCCUAAUCGUCUCGGGCAUCGUGUUAGACAACUCGGCUGGCGACGCACCCAACGCCAAGAGCGGCGGCCUCGCUGCCGCUCACAACACUGAUGGCUUUGGUAUCAGCUCCAGCGACAAUGUCCUGCUGGAGAACAUCAAGGUUCACAACCAGGACGACUGCGUCGCCGUCACCAGCGGGACCGGCAUCGCCGUCAACAACAUCUACUGCUACGGAGGCCACGGCAUGAGCAUCGGUUCCAUCGGCGGCAAGAGCAACAACACUGUCGACGGCGUCAUUUUCGCCAACUCUCACAUCGUCAAUAGCUCCAAUGGCUGUCGCAUCAAGUCUAACUCUGGCACCACUGGCGAGGUCAGCAAUGUCGUCUACAAGAACAUCACCCUCACCGGCAUUGACACCUACGGCAUUGACGUCCAGCAGGACUACCUCAACGGGGGCCCUACCGGCGAGCCCACCAACGGUGUCAAGAUCUCCGGCAUCAAGUUCAUCGACGUGACCGGCACCGCAACUGGCGGUGCUUACAACUACUACAUCCUUUGCGGUGACGGCAGCUGCUCUGACAUUACCUUUCAGAACACCAAAGUGACUGGCGGCGGCAAGGGGGGUAGCUGCAACUUCCCUGCCAGUGGGUGCCCGUCAUAA